UGAUGUUAAACUCCAAUAAAAUGAUGCUUACGCAUUAUCCAAAGUACUCUGUACUUGGAUAUGCCUCGUACUGUCAUUUUUACUACACCAUGUACGGUUUUUCGGAAAAUAAAUCUGAAAUUCACAUUUUUACAUGGUAGCAGUGAAAUCUGGCAACAGUGCAAACCUUUUCCCGUUGGGUGCUCAGUCACUUCCUAGUCAAAAGAUUUUCUUGGAUCACAAACAAAAAUAAUAUUUAUUUUAAUACAAAAGUGCAAUCCUAGUAUUGUUUUCGGAAAGCCACAACGGAUUUUUUCGCAGUGACAGUUUCUCGAUCUUGAAAAUUUCGGUACGUGCUUUUCCAGUGGAAAUAAUUUCCAGCGCGCGAGUGAGCGUCACAUUAGAGAUUAUUGUGGAAUCUGCGUUAAAAAUUGUUUUAUCCCUUUGAGGAUCACGGAUCGAUUGAUUAACGAAUACAGCUUCUUUGUCUUUGGAAUUUUGGAAAGAGUGUCGUUAGUGAGUUCGAUUAUCAUCGUUACGCCAACCUGGAUACGUGAUUGUAAUCGGUCAGUGCUAAUGAACCUAAAAACCAUGGAUAGGAUUUGGACACAUAAAAAGACACGCUUCACAGAAGUAGAGGUGAGCAGUUGAAAGAGCGGAAAAAGUCCAACCCGAUGCAACUCCACUACUCCAACAUCACUAUGUCCAUUCUAAGGAUAACCUGAUUGGACAAAUCAUCCCGAAGCUAAUGGUACUUCGACGCUCCAGUGGUCAUCCUCCCAACGCAACGAUGGAGGAACCCGCGAAGAAAAAGCAGCGAAUCGAGAACGAAGAUGACGAGGAUGACACCAUCACCGAGAUUGAACGGUUUCAAACCAGCCUCUUGGCCCAGUGCCUAUGCAACAUCCCCGAGAGCAGUUUGCGAAAGCCCUUCACCGCCACAACUGUAGCGUCAGCCAAUGGGGAAUACCGAACCGCUUGCCUCUCCGAAUGGGAGUCCGACAAGACCCUAGAAUUCAUAAGUGCCCUGCAGCUCCUCUUCGACGUCGCCAUCAGACAAAGUACGAAGACUGUGAUGUGCAGGCGAAUCGCAGAUGUCUGCGAGGCUCUAGCUCGAAACGAGCACGGCAUUAUUGACCAAAUAAUCGACCUUUCCUGUACACCCAACAAGUUCAUCUCCUUCUCCGCGAGCAGAGCCCUGGCAGCGUUCUUCAUCGUGACGAAAGAAAACAUCGAGGCUGCGUGGUUAGAACGACUCACUCAAUCCUUGCUGAACACGCACUCUCCGAGUCAAAUGCUCUUCACCCUCGACGUUAUCAAAAGGGUAGUCGAGCAUCGAGAUGACAGCACACACCCAAUGGAAGACGCGGAAUAUUCAGGUCCAUCCGCACACUGCAACACCCUCGAAAUCGAUCCAGACAGUCAAGACAGCACUCCCGUCAAGGCAAUGUGCGUGAAAGCUCUGAAGUCCAAGUGGACCGUCCUCGUCAACAAGUUCGACACGAUUCUCACCUACUACACUCCCCAGCACGAGUCUGCCGUCAUCAUCUUCCUCGAACUCUGGGAAUCAAUCAUCUCCGUGAAAGCCAACCUCUCCGUCAUCGACACGAAGAUGUUCUUUUCCCAACUCGACAACAUGGUUAUACACCUCAACGCCAGUGUUCCUGGAGUUAUCUGGCGACAUCUCCUCGGACUCUUCAAUGAAGUUCUCUGCUACGGAAGCACCCUCUCGCUCCAGGACAUCCUUCCGGAUGAACCCUGUUCCCUCGCGCACUUGAUAGUUCGUGCCGUUAAAGACUGGAGACUUCUCGAUGCUCUGCCUUAUCGACAGGGUUCCGGGCGAUUUGGUGGUGGUUCCGGAGACGGGGAUCGACCCCUUCUGCAGAAAAUUGUGCUCCUGGUUUUGAAGAGCGUCGCGGUCACCGUCAAGGAAACGAGAAGUGAUUCCAGCGACUCUUCCUUGGGAUCGGAGGCAGAGGAUAUUGAUGCGGACAUGGCAGUGAUUGAGCGGAGCAUUCGGGAAGUCUUGAGACAACUGGAUCAUUGUGUCAAAGCUUUGUUGCCUUUUCAUCCGGAAAUGCCCUUGUCGGAAUGGAUUAUCCAGGUUUUUCAUGACCAGGAUGAUUUUCUGGUGGAAAGCAUGGUCUGUUGUUUGGACAUGGCUGUCGGACUUUUCUAUCGGGGUCCUCCGCCUCCGCAACAUGACCUUGGACGAAUGCUCAGUCCCACUCGGACCUUCGUCCAGUUUGUCCAGGCGAUUGCGCAUGAUCCGAACGUUCUUCUAGACUUAUUGCAUGGUAGCGAGACUUGCUUCUUGCUCUAUCUUCUCAGGUUUCUUAAGUACAUUAAGAGAAAUUGGUCCGAGUUUUUGACUUGUUGUGCUGGAGAGCUGGACAAUACCAUGACAGUACUUAUUAGACUCAGACUAUCGAUAGUAAGGAUAGUUUCAAAAAAUCUCUUCUCAUAUAAUAUCAGCCCGAUACUACGUUUGCUAGAGAAAUGCGAAUCGCUUUACGAAGGAAAUGUGGAGAAUUGAUAUUUGGACAAUGCAAACUCUUCUCGGUAAUGUAUAAUCGGUUAUAUUCGGAGGACUCUUGGGACAUCUUUUGUGCAGUUUCAAACUUGGAAGGAUUCAUAAAUUAUUUAAAGAAUCAGGCCUCACAGACCGGUCCCUAUAUCUCCUAUUGUGCCCUAUAUUCAGUUCAGGUCCCUAAAGUACCCUAUUUUCAAGAUUUGGCUCCUAUUUCACUUUGAAAAAAAAAAUCAGAAAAUUUCUGUAAGAAGUAAAAGUAACGAAUAAUAUGGGAUCCCUAUACCUAUUUUUAAAUUGUCUUUAAUUCUUUGAAAUAUUUCAGGGUAUUUUUAAAGAAUCCGAGAAACUUUU